AUGAGUGAAGCCUCCAUAAUUUGCUUCAUUGACGCAUUGGAUGAAUGUGAGGAACGACAGAUCCGGGAUAUGCUGUACUUCCUACACAAUAUUAGCCAGCAAAUGGCUUCAUCUGGGACACACUUGCAUAUCUGCUUCGCAAGUAGGCAUUAUCCUCAUAUAACGGUUACAAAGGGACUUACUCUAGUAAUCGAAGGCCGACAAGAGCAUAAUCAAGAUAUAGCCCAAUACGUGAAAUUUGAGCUACGCAUUGGAGGAGAUAUUUUCGCAAAUCAAAUCCGUACCGAGGUCCAGGAAAAGGCUUCCGGAGUUUUCAUGUGGGUAGUUCUCGUUGUGAAUAUCUUAAAUAAGGAAUAUGACCGCGGCCGCAAACAUACUCUUAAAAGGCGACUAGAGCAAAUCCCAAGCGACCUCCACGACCUAUUCCAGGACAUGUUGACACGCGAUAAUGACAACGAGGAUGGGCUUCGUGUCUGCAUCCAAUGGAUACUUUUCGCAGCACGUCCACUACGACUCGAGGAGCUAUAUUUUGCCAUCAUGUCGGGCGUUGAACCAGAGGAUUUAGUCAUGUUCCACUCCGAAAAUAUUGUUUCGGCCGAAGAUAUGGAAAAUUAUAUUGUUGAUAAUUCGAAAGGGUUGGCUGAAGUUUCGGGGUCCUCAACAACUGUUCAAUUUAUUCACGAAUCUGUUCGCGAUUUCCUCCUCAAGGAAAAAGGGUUACAAAAGGUUUGGCCUGAGCUUGGGUCAAAUCUUCAUGGCUAUGGCCACGAAGAGUUAAAGCAGUGCUGCUUUGCCUAUCUACGCGACAUAUUUUCGCUCGGCUCAGAUGAAGAUAUUCCAAUGUGGGACUUGACCAUCAACCCUUUAAAAUAUUUCAGCAGCUGGUUUUUCGCAACACGUAUCCCACAAAAGUGGAAUUCAGUAAAUCAUGAAUUGAGUCAGAGCAAUAAGAUGGAAGUUAACGAAUCAAUCUUCAGUCAGUUAUAUUUCGACCGCUGUUGCGAUACCGUUACAAAGUUUCCAUUUAUUAGCUAUGCAAUCGGGAAUAUCCUGUAUCAUGCCGACGAGGCUAAUAAGUGUGGAUUCUCACAGUCGGAAUUUAUAUCAGGAUUCCCAUUUAGAACAUGGGUUAAUUACAAUAACGUGGUCGAGGGUUCUAAAACUUCGCAUGAAUGGGCCAGCGUCCGCUGGUAUGCGUCGGAUGUGAGUCUUUUGUACAUAUUAGCGAGUCGUAACUUGUCACACCUCAUUCGAACUCAAGAUAUUCGGCAGUCCUGUUUCGAUAUUGAACAGAGCGAAUAUGGUACCCCGAUAUUUGCUGCGCUUGCAACCCAAAGUAAUGAGGUAUUCUGGGAAUUGCUCGAGCAGGUUGCAAAGACUGUACCAUCGAGUUUAUCAGUUGAGGAGGUGUAUACACAGAAAGAAAAGGAAGGGUUAUCACCGGAAACACUUGAUUCCGAUUUUGAGUUAAUCCAACUCGCACUAGAGUCGAAGGAUGAAUUUGCGACGAGGUUCUUAGCAAAUUAUGGCCCCGAGAAAAAGAAAUUUAUAUCUGGAGUCAAAGGAGGAUAUAAAUACUUCAUUCAAUCAUUACUCUGGAGGGGGUUAAAAAUCGAAGGCACUGAUCGAGAUAGAAGCCUACUACAAGAAGCCGUCGCCCAAGAAGAUAUGAAACUCAUCCAGCUGUUCGUUAAUAAGGGUGCUGAUAUUGAUGGCAACAAAGAGUACCAAAGCCCAUUGCAAGACGCAGUUCUAAAAGGAAACAAAACGAUCACCGAGCUACUGCUCCAAAGUGGUGCCAAUGUAGAAGGUAAUGAAGGUUACGCAAGUCCACUACAAAACGCGGUUAUAAAGGGAAACGCGAGACUUGUCCGAACGCUACUUGAGAAAGGAGCCAACGUUGAAGGUCGUAAAUCCUUCAUAAGUCCGCUCCUUUGUGCAGUUAUCCAAGGAUAUGAAAAUAUUCUACAACUACUACUACAUAAGGGAGCCAAUAUCAAUGUCCAGGAGUACCCCAACAGCCCGUUAUCUUUAGCAAUAGAAAGGGGACAUGAGAAUAUCGCCCAGCUACUUUUAAGCCGUGGUGCUAGAGAUGAGCCUUGGGCUUCCGUUGGCAGAAAGCUAUUGAUAAAAGCAGUAAGAAAGCGGCAAACGCGCGUCGUCGGUGCGUUGCUAGCUUCGGGUAUCGACAUGAGGGGUCAUGAUUUACCCUUCCGAAGAUUGGGGCUUUUGUGGGAGAACGAGCGGGACCGAGCCAUCAUCCAGUUACUGAUUGACUAUGAAUAG